AUGACUAAGGGCGAAACCAUCAAGACCUCGUGGCCCCAAGGGUCGCAUGACUCCUGGUCAGAACAGACCAUCUACGGGCAAGAGUUCCCUAAGAAUGUUGACUUCAUCAAUAAUUUAAAGCUUGAUAAGAAGCUCCAACCCAAAAAGUACAAGAUUGAAGGAACGCACCAAGAGUCAAGGAUCUUGUUCAGAAACGUCAAGAUCCUUGACUCUACAGGCCGUGAGCCAUACCUGGGGGAUGUGUUGAUCCAAGGUGAAAUGAUCACUGCAGUGGGUCAGGUCCCCAAUAAAGAAGAACUCGAGCGAAACCCCUCCGUCCGUAUCAUUGAGGGAAGGGGCAGGACGCUCAUGUCUGGCCUUGGAGAUGGACAUACUCACUUCACAUGGAAUGGAGGUGACCUCAACAGACUUGGAGAAUUAGACAUCGAGGAGCAUGUUCUCCUAACAAUCAAGAGUGCCCAAUGUUUCCUCGACUCAGGAUAUACCAUGUGUUUUGGGGCGGCUUCAGCUAAAGACCGGCUGGAUGUGGUGGUUCGAGACGCCAUCAACGCUGGUGAUAUUCCGGGGCCUCGCUAUCUUGCUAACGCCAGAGAGAUCGCCAAGACAGAUGGCGAGUUGGUCGCGGGUAUUACACGAUUCGCAGACGGUCCAGAUGAAAUGCGCGAGGUCAUCAAACACAACAUCGAAAACAUUGGCGUCGACAACAUCAAACUCAGCAUCUCAGGCGAGGAAAUCACCGAGAUCCGGUCAGCGCAGGAUUGCUACUUUCAUGACGAUGAGAUGGCCGCCUGCGUAGAUGAGGCUCACAAACGCGGAAAGAGGUUGUGUGCACAUGCUCGAGCCAGAGAUUCGGUUAAGAUGUGUGUGAAGCAUGGUGUGGACGUGAUAUACCACGGCAAUUACAUUGAUGACGAAGGCAUGGACAUGUUGGAACGUGAGCGCGAGAAGUACAUCGUCGUGCCAGCUAUCAACUGGCUGGUAGCCACUACCUAUGAAGCCGAGGCAUUUGGAUAUACGCACCAAGUCGCUGAAAAAGCAGGAUACAAGCGGGAGCUUGAUGUUGCAGUUGCGGGACUACGCGAGAUGCACAGGCGAGGUAUUGUUGUUCUACCAGGAGGCGACUACGGUUUUGCCUGGACGCCCCACGGAACAUAUGCUCGCGAUCUUGAACAUUUCGUCAAGCUUCUCGGUUUUACCGCCCACGAGAGCAUCAUCGCUGCAACCGCUGGCGUUGCUACCCUCUUGAUGAGGGGUCACGAGCUUGGGAAAAUUCAGCCGGGAUACUACGCCGAUUGCAUCCUUGUCGACGGGGAUCCUCUGCAAGACAUUUCCAUCCUUCAGAACCAUGAUAGACUGAACGUCAUCAUCAUCAAUGGGCGGGUUCACAAAGCAGGAAGAAAGGAGUAUAUCAUGGAUACGUCAGGGUCGCUGUCAAGUGGGAUCCCUCAUCAUCUGAUAGGAGACUUCCCAGAAAAGCGCCCAGCCAUGCAGAGGCCAUUCUAG